CUUGUUACCAUUUGAACAGAACCAAACAAAAAAAAAAAGCUCUCUCCACGCCUCAAAAAGAAGAAGAAGAAUCAAACUUUACAACCUUUAGCAACAAUGGCGAUGGCUUUCAAGAUGGCGACGACGGGGAUGCGUGUGACAGACGAGUGUACGAGCUCGUUCAUGGAAAUGAAAUGGAAGAAAGUUCACAGAUACAUCGUUUUCAAGAUCGAUGAGAAGUCACGUAAAGUCACCGUCGAUAAAGUCGGCGGCGCCGGCGAAAACUACCACGAUCUCACCGCUUCUUUGCCUGUCGACGACUGCCGCUACGCCGUCUUCGAUUUCGACUUCGUCACCGUCGAUAACUGCCGCAAGAGCAAGAUCUUCUUCAUCUCAUGGUCGCCGGAGGCGUCGAGGAUAAGGGCGAAGAUACUGUACGCGACGUCAAAGGCUGGGCUGAGGAGAGUAUUGGAAGGGAUACACUAUGAGCUUCAAGCAACUGAUCCGACGGAGAUGGGUUUCGAUAUCAUCCAAGACCGUGCCAAAUAAAAACUAUUAUUAUUAACACUAAAGAGAGUAUUAUGAUUUGACUCACUUUGUCGAUAAUUUAACAUUAAUUAGGUGUUGAUUAAUGUUUAAAUUAUUGCGAUGGUUAGUGCUUACUUUUUUUUUUUUCUUCGGUCUUACCAGCCAGCACUACCCUUUAAUCAUGGACGUUUUGUGUCUUUUUUUAUUGUGUUGUUUAAAGUAUAGUUUUAUCUUCUUUUUUUUGUCGGUUAAGCAAAACAUAAGCUACGAAUUUGUCUUAAGUAACGACAUAUACAUCUAUAAUUGUAAUGAAUUGUUAGUUUUCAAGUCC